AUGGCCACCUCAGACGACGUUCAACAUUUGAAGACCAUUUCAGAUCUCUCAAAUCAAGCUCUCCAGCAGUAUGAGGCACUACAGAAAGAACAUGAAAGCACCAAGAUGGAGUGUAAACAAAUGCAGGAGGAACGAGAUGAGGCCUUACGCAAACUCGAUGAGUUUGAACAACUGUGUCAUAAGGUCAUUGAAGAGGUGAAUAAUAUUCAAGAGAAUCUGGAGAUUGAGAAGACAUGCAGACAGAGUGUGGAGGCUUUGGCCUCCAAGCUGAACAGGGAGAACAGAUCCCUGAAGAGGAAGAGUAUGUUGUACAUGGCUCAUCUGGGACUAAAUGUGCUUGCGGAGAUCAAUCUGGAUGAUGAAGAGGAUGAGGAGGAAGAACAAGAGAAGGAUGGUGGCUGCACCUCAUCUCACUGCCAUCUGGUAAUCACAGAACUACGGGAUAAAAUGGAAACCUUAUUAAAUGACAAAAAGCAAAUGGCUCUUGACCUGGAGGCAGCAAGAGGACAACUUCAACACCUUAGAGAGGCUCUCCUCACAGAAAAACGUGAUAAGACUCUUUUGACUGCUGAAACAGUUCAACAAAAGAAGCUUUUGGCAAAGUGCAACAGAGUGUCCAUGUAUGCACUGGAGGAAUUUGAGGCCCUGCAGGGAGAUCUACAACUAGAGAGAGACUUACGCUCAGAGGCUGAGAAAUUUGCACGAGAGAUGCUGGUGGAGCAGAAGAAGCUGAACAGACAGAGUCAGAUCAUACUGCAGAGUGUCUCUCCCAGUGAGGCCCUACAAAAUGCCCUCAGUGAUGUCUCCAGACUCACUCAGACCCUCGAAACCCAGAGACUGGAACACGAGCAACAGAUGAAGUUAAUGGAGGAGCAGCUACAGAGCUCUGAGUUGAGAAGAGAGCUGACAGCACUGCAGUGUAAAACAGAGUUACUGGAAGAGGAGAAAAGAGAAUGCCUGGAGAAAUGUGCCAAAGCAGAAACAGAGGCUAAGGACCUCAGGUUUACAGUGGAGCAGCUACAGAAGAAACUUCAACAAAUCUCAAACCCUAUACCAGCUCCAGCACCCCCUCCACCUCCCCCACCUCCUCCCCCACCUCCUCCUGCUCCUGCCUCCAACCCUCUUAGUUCACUUCUAUCAAUGCUUCGAAAAAGAAAGGGGGUCAGUAAUGAUAUUCCAUUAGUGGAGCAAGACUCAGCAAAAGAACCAGAGAAGGACGUCAGACAACAGGCUGUGGAAGAGAUGAUGGAGCGGAUAAAAAAGGGUGUUCAUCUCCGACCUGUUAGUCAGACAGCCAGCAGAACCAGACCAGUACAGAGAGAGCAGAUACCCUCAAAUUCUGCCAUUCAAGAACUUAAAGGAAUCUUGAGCACUGUUAAGCAGCCCACCCCCUCCCUAUCAGGGGCUAGACCCUCACCCAUAAACACCCAGUCGGAGCUGGAGCGAGUUCUACAGAGACGCCGGUGUGUGCUGGAAACUUCUCAGGGCGCCCUGUCUUCAUCCCAGCCGUUCCCCAGCAGUGUUCUGGACCUGGACAGGAAGAGGAAGGCCCAGUCUCAGUCUGACCAAGCCCCCACAAUGGGAGACCAAACAACAGAGCAUAACACCCACAGUGUCAAUGAACCCUGACCUGUCCUAGCUACUCCAUGCUUCAGUUAACUGCACUGAAUGCCCAACCUCUCUUAGACAUGUGUGCUAACAUCACACCUGCGCUGCAAGAAUUACAUAGGAGAAAGAGUGAUUGCCUGGUGGGGAGCCA